AUGAGCUUGAAUUCGGAAGGGGAUCCACAAAAUAUCGAUUUACAUCCACAAGCAUCCGCUUUCGAUUCGCCAGUUAUACAGCCCAGAAUGGCCCAAUUAGAAACAUUAGAAGCUAAGAUGGCCAGUAUAGAGGUGUCCCUAUCCAGCACGCCGAGACGCAAGAAGAACGGCAGCGUGUCCGGCUUGAGUCUCUCCUCCUCCAUUCAGUCCAUACCCAAAGAGCUGGCCGUGAAAGAGCUGGAGAAGCUCCGGAACGCUUUGAGGGACAAAGAGAACAUCAUACAGAGCCUCAAGGGCCAGCUGACCAUACCCGGUUUGAGAUUGAACGCGCUGCGCAACACGGGAAGCGGCGGCGCCAAAGAGCUGACGGAAGUCGAGAGAAAACAGGCGGAGGCCCGAUUGAGCCGGCUCAAAACGGACAUCGAUAACAAGAGAUUGACCAUCAAGAAUUUGAAGAUUGCCUUAGAGCGACUCGACAUUACCGAUAACAUCGACGUUCGAAUACAGCAGGCAGAGCUCGAGUACCAACUGGGCAGGGAAGAAUUGAAUUUGCUGACUCUAUUGGAAGAAACCAGGGCGUUGCAAUUGUGUAUCGAAGAGUCUAACAAGAAUUCUUCGGAAUAUCACACCCUUUACAGUUGCGUAAAAGGUAACGAAACGGCGACAUUGCAAGCCAUACAGUUGGAUUACGAUGUAAACAAUCCGAAGUUCGGAGCGGGGCCCAAAGAUUCGAUGCCCGGCCUGUACGUAGAUUGGGCUCUGGAAGAGACGAAUUUGUGCAAAGGUGACAGAUUGAUUGAAUUAAACGGAAAAAUCGUCCUGAACAAGAGCCGCGAGGAUUUGAACCGACUGCUGGCGGCCGCUCCCGAUCCCGCUCAGAUCGUAGUGCUCAGAAAAUUCCCCGAAAACGAGAUACCGCUCAACGGCAACGGCUCCUCGAGCGAAGCAGGCGCCCUUCGAGCUCAACUCGAAUCGCUCAGAGACAGAGCCGACGAAGCUCAAAAAUCCAAAGAAGGAUUCAAGCAAGACAACAUCAGGCUCACGCAUCGAAUCUCUUACUUGGAGGAACAGGUUUCUGAGCUGCUCAGUCGAAAGCCGCACGAACACGAACCUAAGCAGGUUCCUCCGGCGACUUCAUCUAUAUCGAAAUCCAGUCACAACGUGACCAACAUCAACAUCAGAACCGAGGCGACGGCGAACCAACACCGGCAGCACGUCAAAUCAAAGGACAAAGAGGACGUUUGUCUGCCGAUGAGAUCCAAAAGCAGCCUCUCGAACGUCUCGAACACCACCAUUUCGACGCCUAACACCGACAAACUGGCGUACAGAAAGCACCACCAUCACCGCCACCACAGGGACUCGCACGCUCACAGAGAAAAAGACUACAGCUCGGAGACGAAUUCCGCGGUCGAUCCGAGACACCAGCGACACCACCAAAGCCGAGUCGGGUAUUCGGCGGACUUUGCGCGCGCAAACUCCGAGAAAGAGUACGCCGGCGGAUCGGACGUGGUGGACCAGAGCUACAAGAAAGCCACGCAGAUCGUGCAGGAGCUGACGCGCGGCCCCGACAACCGGGACGCCCUGUACGAGAAGCACCGCAGGCGGUGCAUCGCCGCCGCCGAGAAGUACAACGCCGAUCUGCUGCGGCAUUACAACGCCAGGAAGUCCACGUCGGUGCUGGAUUUCCGAUCGGAGAUCCGCAUCGGGCCGAAGAACGGCGAGGAGGCCGAAACCAAAAACGGGAAUACGUGCAGGAGCGUUAAAUCGCUCGAUUUCGACUUUGACAGCGACUGCAAUUCGACGAGUAAUCAUCGCAGGACCGACUACACGUCCGAGCCUAACAACAACGAAAGGAAGUCGUACUACGAGCAAGGGUCUCAAGCUCACAGGCAAGUGCAAGUACCCGUGCCUCCGAAGAAACCGCUGCGGUUGUCUCUGUACAAAACGCGCAGUUUCCAAUCUGUAGAGGCUAACAGGAGCAGCGAUAAUAGGAAGUCUGCCAAGCGAAACCACAAAGGAGAGGCGACUGUUGCGGACUUGAUGCCGCAGUACAAGAACGGUUUGGAUUAUCAGAUAAAGUGGAAUUGCAGAAGGAGUUUGGAUAAUAAUUUGGAGAAUGGUAGUUGGUGUUGA